UGGGUGCAAAACAACAAUCGGUAAACCGGGAACACACACCCCCAUUGUUGUACUAACUUGAGAAUCGUGUGACACUACAUGGCAAGGGCAUAGGUUCAGGAAGGAAGAAAGCGCGGAGGAUGAGUCCCCCCGGGGAAAAGUCGGAGGGAAAGGAUAUCUACCUUGAAGGUGGCGAUAGCUUGUACAGAUUUCGUCUACCUUAGCUAGCGCACAGGUGUGAGUGGAGAAAAAUAAAAGCUAAACGAUACAAGUGAUAAGGAAGAUAGUAGAUUUCUUCGUGUAGCAUUUUCUUUUUGUGUAUACAUUGCCAACCGACGACAGAAGCCAGAGUCGACGAAUAACCUUUUCCGAAGCGAAAAUCUCUGAUACGAUUUGCCAACCAAACCAGUAGAUCCUCGACUGUCUUCCAAUCCGUACGUUAUUCCCAGUUGAUGUACCGCGGUCUCGGUUGAAGGAUGCACUAACGGAUGCUGGGCACAAAGUGUAUUUGAAGCAUAGUAAAGAAUCUGUUUCCCGCGCUUUUGGAAAGAAAGAUAAGAUAAGAUUCGCAUUGAGUGUCAAGGUUCGAAAAUUUAAAAAUAAUUACCUAGGUACAUACUAUAUCGCGAUAAUUUCGGAUUCGCUGAUGGUGUGAGGAAGUGGCGUUACAUUGUUUUAUAAAGUGGCCAAUAAUCAUUAAUCACUAGGCUGGUGGUGGCGCUAGAGAGUUUGAUAUAUUCCAAUACGUUAUUCACCAGACAGCAAACCGCAGGGAGAUUAAAAACAGUUAACGGUAGAUUAGCGAAAAACAUCUCAUCGCUGAACGCUUUCGGGUUUACUCCCGCCGCUUGGUUGUAAGACUUCGAGGAUGUCAACGGCCAGCAGUGGCGCUGCGGGCAUUGGCGGAACAGUCAAGGCGGCCCCCGCAGAACCCACUCCACACCCCGAUGAGAUUGACACGAACAUUUCGAUUGAGUUAAUUACGGAGGACGAUUCAGAGGAAGUUCUGAAGUUACUGAAAAAGUUCUUUUUCAAGGAUGAGCCAUUAAAUACUUUCGUCCAGUUGGGUGAAUGCAAGGAGCUAGAAAAAUAUGCCACCAAAAGUAUUUCCGAGCACUGUUCGUACAAAGCAGUUAAUGGACGUGGUGAGAUAGUCGGUGUCAACAUGAAUGGAUUGAUAAGCAAACCUAAAGAGACUGAUGAUCCACCAGCAAAACUAGCUGAUGGGUGUGAACAUCCAAAGUUCAAAAAGAUCAUGGCUUUGAUGGAUUACGUCGAUGAGAACUUUGACAUUUUUGCUCUCUAUCCCGACGUGGAUCAGUUAUUGGAUAUCAAAAUUAUGUCCGUAGAUUCUCGCUACCGCGGUUUAGGAAUUGCGGGUAAACUGACUGAUCGUACUAUGCAGUAUGUUCGUGACAACAACAUCAAAUUGGUGCAUGUCCUCUGCUCAAGUCACUUUUCUGCGCGGGUCAUGGAAAAGAUGGACUUCAAGCAAGUGUACCAGCUGAUGUAUUGCGAUUAUCUGGUCAAUGGUGAACAAGUCCUGCAACCGGAAAAACCCCAUACUGGUGUUCGAAUUUUGGUUAAAGAGAUCAACUAAGUCAUUGAGUGUUCCGAAUGUGUCAACGUUUACUUCCGUUAGUAGAAUUUUUGUCGCAAUAUUGCACUAAUCGAUCUAUAAAACUUUUCGUUUGAAAACCUUUCCUAAAAGUGCACAAAGGCUAGCCGUUAGAAGAAGUUGCUAAACGCGUUCAUAUCCGUACUAUUUUGCACGUAUGUUACAGACAUUCAUUUGUACAUUAGCGUUCAAAAAUUGUCAAUUAAGGACAGAUCAUACAAAUAUAAAGCUGGAAUUUUUUUAUUUAUUUUAAAUAUAUUGCAGUUUGUUGUGAUAAUGCCUACAGCUCGGAAGAGUGGAGCAAUAGUUUUGCAUUUUAAACGAGUGAUACUGUGUAUAUUGAUAAUAUGUCUGACGAUAUUAUGUGAUGUACGAAGUAUAUUCAAAGAAUAUAAUUUGUCGCUGUGAGCACAAACAAUAAAUGUUCUUGUAAAGUUCAA